GUAUUGAGGUUCACCAUCGUGGUUUGUCUUCGGUUACAGAAUAUAACAGCUUAACUUGAUGAAACUGAGAGCAGUUACGGAAGCUACAAUCUUGAAUUUGAUCAAAUAUACACUCAUGAAUGCAAUUGUUGUGCUGUUUAGGUCUGUAUAAUAAAUGGACAGAGGGUCAGUGUCAUUGUGAAGAUGUCGUGUAAAGCUGGAUGUGGUUAGAGAGACAGAAAAGGGAAGGAAAUAUGAAGCUGCGUUUCUUCACUCAGUACGGAAGAGAAAGACUGUAAAGUUUGUCACAGAAUUCGGUCUCAUAUUUCAGUAAAAUGUUCAGCAUGUGUGUCGUUCUGCUCGUCUUUUCCAGCAUCUCUACAGCUGGUGUUGGUGCUCCAGAAACAGUCACAGGACACAGAGGAGAGAGAGUUGACAUCAGAUGCAGAUAUGAAGCUGGAUAUGAAUCAAAUUCAAAGUAUUUUUGUAAAGGAGAGUGUAUCGUUGGAUUUAAAAACAUCAUGGUUAAAUCAGGAUCUCCAGCUGAAGACGAGAGAUUCUCUCUGACUGACAACACGACGGCCAGAGUUUUCACCGUCAGCAUCACUGAUCUGAGAACAGAGGAUACAGGACAAUACUGGUGUGGUGUGGAGAGGACUUUCACUGAUUGGUCUUUAAGAGAUGUCUAUUCAGAGAUUAUGUUGCUGGUUACAGAGGUUAAAAAACCCAAUGAGGUUUCAACUAUCAGCUCUUUUUCAAUCACACCGUCAUAUUUCAGCACAGCAGAAUUGAAUCCACGAUCCAGCAGCAUCACAAUCACAGAAAGAAAAGAAAGAAUCACAGAUCAGCACAAAUCAGCAGAUCUGUCUUCUGUCGCUGGCGGUCUGGGUUCGGUUCUGCUGGUUCUGGUUCUGUGUUCUGGAACGUUCCUCAUCCUGAAAAAGAGGAAGAGGAAAUCUGGGACAGCUUUAUUUCAGCAAAAUAUGCAGCACAAUACAGAGAGUGUCCACAUGUAUGAGAUUGCAAUCCCUGACCCUGGACCAUCUGAUGUCAUUGCUGCAACAUCUUCAUCCAAUCAGACGCCUGCAUCGCAUCUCAACACCCGCCCACAAGUCUCUCCUGUUUAUGCUACAGUAACCAAUCAGCAGUCUGAUUCAAACCCCAGUCGCAUCCACUCAGCCAAUCAGGUGACGGAUACAGACUGUGAUUAUUAUGCCAAUAUGAAGUCACCUGAACCAACAACAGACUGCAGAACAGAACUGAUUUACGCAACAGCGACACAUCCGCAAAAAGUCAAGACAAACGACGGCCUGAUAUAUUCAGUGAUCAAACAUAAAUAAAAAAAGACAAUAAAGUUCUUCCACAGACAUCUGCACUGAUGUUCCAAGUGAAAAAAAACUGGUACAUGCUACCUAUUUUUAAUGAAU